ACCGUUUGCCACAACGUUGAAGUUAGCUUCUUAUUCGUAGAUUCCGAGUUGUGGAUUCGUGCGUCGAGCGAAGGAUAAUGUUAAGUGGAGACCUAAAGGAAUCGCAUCUAAACCAACUUCAGCCUCACUCCACAGUAUGUUAUGUCAUGUAAUGCAACCUAAUGGUCGGUUCAGCUGAGGGCAGAAAUACGGGACAGCUGUGCUAGCUAACUGGCUAUCGUCAAGCUAACGUGUCAAGGAUUUUUGGAAACACUCGACAACAUGCUCGCUCGUAUGUUAUUUAACCUCCUGAACAACCUCCAUGUCGUUGAGAAGUUGGCAGAGUCUCGACCGAUUCGCAGGGCGGCCCAGAUAACAGCCUACGCCAUCACCAAAGCUCAGAUAGCCGGCAGGGAUGCCUCUGAGCGGGUCAUGCGGUCCCAGACGCUGCGGCAGGUCCGGGACGAGGCCGGCAGAGUCCCUGGUGACCUGGGAGAGAUGGGCAGCCGCCUCAGGCGAGUCAGAGAAACAUUUGUGAAAGAAGUGAAGGAGGGAUUAAAGGACGGAUCCAGACAGAUCAAGAAAUAAAAGAGGACAGGCUGGCUGUAGGAUGUUACAGUGACCGGUAAUACACGGAUAGCACCUGGGUGGCCGGUUAUUUAUAAGAUGACAACAUGUUUUUGUAAUUUAUUGAACGGCACAAUCUGUCUCAGUAAUGCACGACAACAGUUUGAUGGUUAACUGCAACAUGUUGGACGCUGACCAAGUUCACAAUCAAGAAAUCAGGAAUGCUGGUUGUUAAGGUCCACACUGACCUGCAAUAUAUGGCCAGAUAUUUUAUGAUAAACUGUGGCUAAACAAAAUAAAUUCACUUCAUUCACAUUUCUGAGAAUCCAUGGAAAUCUGAAGUGUUUAUUGCAUCUUUCAUGUCCCUGUGGAAAAGUAGGAAUGGUCUUGGAAAGUGAGGUGGAAGUUUGGAUUAGUGUGCACUUAAAAAAAAAAAUUAAAUUCAUGAUUCAAAGUAAUUUAAAUAUAAACAGAGCCCUUGAACUACCUUUUAUCGAUGACCUUUUCACAUUAAUGUGCGAUACAUAACCACAUACUACUGGUAGUUCAACCAUGUCCUGUUUAUCCAUUUCCCUCCACCCAUGUGCACCAUGACACCAAUCCUGCCGAAAAGGUAAAUAAUUUUGUUGGCAAAUAUGUGAUGAUAUAUAUAUAUAUAUAUACUAUGAAUUUUGUUGUGACUGUGUAAAUAAACACAACAGAACUUUGACUGCUA